AUGGUCCAGAAACGAGCACCACCCAAGGAUGAAGAGGAACAAGACGAAGAAGACUCUCCUGCUUUUCUCCCGCUUGAAUCUAUACAUGAGACAGGAAAAACUACAUCGCAUAGUGACCCCGCAGCGACAUUGCGCGAAAUGCCUCAACAACUCAAGCAUCAAGGCCGACAAGUAUCAGGCGGCGUCACUCCGCUAGCAAAGACAAAGCAAGAUCUGCCAGAAUCAUCCACAACGAGCUCAAGUUCUGGCAUGGCAACGGGAUCGCCUGCCAAUGAGCCGUCCACUUCCCGCCGCCCCACUGGCCCACUGGGGCCGCUCAGCCCACGCAGAACUGCAGAGCUGUCUGGACGAAGUCCUCAUGGACGUGGUAGUGAAGGCACUCCUAGCAUGGGGAGCAGUUUCAGUGAUUUGGAUGAUGCCAGCGUUUCUCAGUCUGCAUUGGAAGAAGCUCUGUUGAGCAACAUGCGUAGUGGCGUUACCAGCCGGAUGAGUACCAUCAGCCAGGCCCUACGAAGCAGAUAUCUGUGA